GGUGCGGUGUUAUAAUUAUUUUGCUUUGAAAACCUUAAAAAAGUAUAAACCAUAAACAGAACGUAACAAAUUGUACAUUAUGAAGUGUACAAUACCAGAAAUAUCCUGGCACAACAGGGAACCUGUGCUAAGUGUCGAUAUUCAUCCGGUUUCUGAAAAUAUUUAUAAACUAGCCUCAGGUGGCGGAGACAGUCAUAUUUUGAUAUGGCAAAUGGUUUUGUGUGAAAACGGUUCUGUUAAACAAGAAGUUAUAUCAGAUUUAACACGACAUCAAAGAUCUGUUAAUACAGUCAGAUGGUCUUCCACAGGGCAAUAUUUAGCCUCUGCAGACGAUGAUGCUAAUAUAAUCAUAUGGCAGUUAAAAACUGACAAUAUUCCUUUAUUAGAAGGUAAUACUGAUGAUAAAGAAGUUUGGAUUGUUCAUAGGGUUUUAAGGGGACACAAAGAAGAUAUUUAUGAUUUGUGUUGGUCAAUAGAUAAUUUAAAACUAUUUUCUGGAUCUGUAGAUAACACUGCUAUAAUAUGGGACUUAGCAAAAGGAAAGUUAGAAAAUGUUCUGACCGACCACAAAGGAUUUGUUCAGGGUGUUGCUUGGGAUCCACAAAACCAACUCAUAGCCACCAUAAGCACAGACCGUGUAUGCAGAAUAUUUGACAAAGCAGGCAAACAUGUUAAAGCAAGAAUACAUAAAGGGAAGCUUCCUGUUCCUGAUGGGCAUUUUCUACAUAAUAAAGAAAGCAAAUAUUUUCAUGAUGAUACUUUCAAGUCAUUCUUUAGAAGAUUACAAUUCACACCUGAUGGAUCUCUUCUAAUAGUUCCUUCUGGGAACUUUCAAGCUGACGAUUGUAAAAAAAUGUUGAAUUCUACAUUGAUUUUUACAAUGGACAACUGGACAGAACCAGCAGCAGUUCUUCCCUUAGAAAAACAAAGCAGUACAGUAGUCAGAUGCUGUCCUCAGCUAUUUCAACAUCGUACAGAUGGACCAGAACCUGUAGUAAAACUGCCAUACAGAAUGAUUUUCGCUAUUGGCACUGAUCAUGACAUCAUACUCUAUGAUACACAACAAGCAAAACCAUUUGCAAGAUUCCAUGAGAUCCACUACACAAGAAUAACAGAUCUCACUUGGUCUAAAGAUGGGUUACUUCUUAUAGCAUCAUCUACUGAUGGCUUUUGUUCCUUAAUAACUUUUGAACCUAAAGAAUUAGGUGAGGAAUAUGUAAAAGAAGAGGUAAACGAAGAAAGUAAUGUGUUAAAUGUUAUUGAGAAUGUAGAACCUAGCUUAAAAGAUGAAAAUAUUGAUAUAACUAAUAAGAAUACUAAAGAAAAGGAAGAAGCCAAAAAGAGGCCAAGUUUUAUUGUACAAUGGGCACAAAGUACCCCGAAAAAAUCAAAAAUUGAAAAUAAUAAAGAUCUUAAUGGAGUAAUAGAAAUAAACGAUGAUGAAAACUCAGAAAAAUCAACUGAAGAGAAAACACCUGAAAAGGUCGAAGAAAAUAAAACUGAAGCAAUUUCUAAAAAAGAUAUUAAUAAAUUAACACCUAGAAGAAUAACGCCAAUAAAAAUUGGAGAUAAAACUAAAACUGAAGAAAUGUUUAAACAAGUAAUUACUCAACACAUGCCUAAAAGAAUAAAACCCACUAAAAUUGAAGGUAAAGAUAACAAUAAAACAACUAAAACCGAGGAAAGUCCUAAAAAGGAAAUUAAUAAAUUAACACCCAGAAGAAUAUCUCCCAUAAAAGUUGAUGGAAACAAAAAUGCCAAUGAAAGUAAAUUAGAAGAAAAUAAAAUUAGUAAUAAUAGACAACAGCCAAUAAGAGUUGAAAGUGGAAAUAAAGAUAAACCAGAAAAACAACUCAAAGAAAUUAAAAUAGUAAUUAACAGGUUAAUGCCAAGAAGAAUAACACCUAAAAAAAUUGGAAAUUCUAAUAAAAGUAGUUCAGAUAUUGAAGUUAGAAAAAAUACACUUGAUACUGAAUCAUCGAAAGAGCAUUUAUUAGAUAAAUCAAUUGAUAUUAAUACUAAGCAAAUUGAAAUUAGAUCAAUGGACUUUGACAAAAAAGAAACACAUGUUGAUAAAACAAAUAAUACAGAAGCCAAUGAAGAUUAUGCUAAAAAAUCAAUAGCACUUGGAAAUAAAGACACAAACACAAAAGAUAAUGAGAUUCUUGUAAAAAUUAAAAGUAGCGGUACAUUAAUAGACAAUUUAAAUAAAAUAGAAGAUGAAACGAUACUUAUUAAUGAUAACACAAAUUUAAAUAAAGAAAAAAACGGUAAAGAAUCAAACAAAGAGAUAUCUAGAAGUAAACAAACUAAAAUAACUAAAGUUCUCUUCGAAGAUAAAAAUUCUUCAACCAAGAACCUAAGCAAAAAGACUGAUAAAAUUAAGAAUAGUAAAACAAAAGACAUGAAAAAUACUCCUAAAAUAAAUAAAAAAACAAGUCCCACCCUAAUCGAACAUAAAAGUGACAGUAAGAAAGAUCAACCUAAAGUAAAAGUUGGAUCACUUGUUAGAAAAAAACUCAUCACAACCCCCCUAAAAAGCAAUCCUUUACUAGAUUUCUUAAAAAAAUCUGGUGAAAAGAAAAGAAACAAACCAGAACCUGUACUUAAAGAUACUAUUGAUUUGAUAUGUGAAGAAGAUGCAAGGGAUGGUUUCAGUAAAGAAAAAGAAAGAACCCAGAAUAAAAAAAGUUCCACCUGUUCAAGUCCUGAAGCAAGCCCACUUGACGAUAUCACUGAAGAUUUCUGUUUACAACUCGAAGAUACUCAAGAAGAAGAUAAGAAAAAUGUAUCAUUAGAAAAAAUGGAUAUUUAUGAAGAGAUUAAAGAAGAUAAAAACACUAGUAGAGUAAUAGAAAUAUCGGAUGAUAGUUGUUCUUCACCUUUGAAGAAAAUAGAAGAAAAUUUGGUACAAAAAAAACCAAGGCGGGUGCCUUUAAUUACAUUGUCGAGUCCUAAAGGAAAAAAUAAGCCAGUAACAGAAAACAUUUUAAAAGAGUAGGUACGAAAUUGCUGUGGUGCCAAUGUUAACCUGAUAAAAAUUGUUUUAUUUUGCUUUGAAUAUAUAGUAAAGUUUAAAAUGAAAACCUUAAAAAUCAAAGUCCCUGGUCCAAAAAUCAGACCUCACAAACACACAAAAACUUUAAAAAUGUUGGUAAUUUUUUUUAAAGCAAUGUCAAAAAUAAGCUUAAGUUUUUGACAUAAUCCCAAUUACCCUCUUUGAAAUAUCGUGAAACACAAAGAAAAAAGUUCUUUUGGUCAUGUGUACUUUUAGAAUCACUUUAUCAUUGCUCUAAAAUGUUUUCCCACCUAAGAUCUCUUUUUUUGACCAUGCCAUCAAGACAGCAAUGACUGCGAAAGGACUGCGACUGCAUAGAGAGAACUAGGCAUUCUGUAAAUAUCAAUAAUGUCAACUCAAAAUCCACACAACGAUCUAGCUUUAGCAGAUCGAACUCAAUUUUAUGAUUCGAAUGCAUGUCUAUUCUAAUUGGAGGCAUAUAUAAGGGGAGGUUCUAGUAUCAUUAUUUUUAUAGUGUUGUGAAACUCCUGAUUUUAGAGAGCUUAGCGAGCUUAGAUGUAAAUGUUAAAAUGCUGCUUAAGGUUGGCGUUCGCCCAUACAAAUUUGCUGUGUUUGCACUGUUUACUUUAAAUGUAGCUUUCAGGAAAAAUAUACUUUCUGACAUUAAUUUUUAGUGAUGGGGCUUUUCAUGAAAAAUAAUUUU